UGGAUGAUGUUACUAGAGAAUCCCCAUUCUCCAACUAUUGAUGAAAAAAGGUCUCUGAGUUCCUUUUUUGCAUGGCUUAGGUUUAAGUCACUCUCUGCUACAAGGUCUGAGGGACUAGACAACUAUUCUCGACCUGUGAGUCAUGACCCCUUUCGGGGCAAAUGAUCCUUUCACAGGGGUCACCUAAGACCAUUGGAAAACACAGGUAUUUACAUUGCAAUUCAUAACAGUAGCAAGAUUACAGUUAUAAAGUAGCCAUGGAAAUAAUGUUAUGGUUUGGGGGUCACCAAACAUGAGGAACGAUAGUAAAGGAAUUAGGAAGGUGAAGACCCACUGGGCUAGAAAGAAGGAUAAGCUGGCUGCAUCCUCCAAAUGUUAAUCUUUCCAAAUUUCAGAUCUAAGAAAGGAUGACAUUCUAGAAUUAGUGGCUUAAUCCAUUAACAGCCACAACAGCACCUAUAUUCCAUUUCAUACCAUCUGGGAUAUAAUCAGCAUGGAACUGAGGACAGCCACUGUUUGUAAUCAUAUGGAUGUAUCCCAUAAGCAGAACGGGAAGUAUCUGUAAUAGCGAUAUGUAUUUAUACUAUGGAAAGGUGGCACUGUCAUUGUAACACUCCUUCCAAAAGGUAUUCUGCUUUCUAGAUUGAGACUGAUACACAUAAAACAGGUCUAGGAAAUAUUCUUUUUGAAAAUAUUUACUUAUGUAUGUAUAUGAUUACACUGUAGCUGUCUUCAGACACACCAGAAGACAUUAGAUCCCAUUACGGAUGGUUGUGAGCCACCAUGUCAUUGCUGGGAAUUGAACCCAGGACCUCUGGAAGAGCAGUCAAUGCUCUUAACUGUUGAGACAUCUCUCCAACCCCCAAGGAAAUAUUCUUAUCUAGCUCUUUUAGAUUACAGAUGAGUAACAUGUCUUGGAAGCUAAAGUUAACUGAGUUAAAACUCACAGUGGUUGGGAGUUAAUCUCCCUGGCAUCUGGCCCUUCUUCAUGGAGCACAUUGACUUUCUCCUUUAGUGUGGGGUCUUUGCACAAGUUGUCUUCCUCACCUCCCCUGGUUCUCUCAAAAUCUAUUUGUUGUCAUCCACUUGCCGAGAUAGAUCAUUGUGCAUUCAGUAACCCAGCAUCAACAAGUAGAAGGAAUAAUACUUACCUGUCGUAGAAAUUACAAUAAGGCCUUGUUUGGGGCCAGCACAGGAAGUUCUGAGAAUAUUAUAUAAAAAAUAACCAUUUUAAGUGACUUAUUUCUAGCGCAUUAGAGACACAUACAAUUUGAAAGGACAUAAUACUUAAAGCUUUCAUGAACUGAAUAAUUGCUUGACAAGUUUCUUCAGACCAAACUUUCAUCUAUCACUUGCAACUAACUAUCUUUUACUACAUUUAUUGCCUUUGGAGCAUUAAAUAUGGAACAAUCCACCUAGAAUUUCAUCUAGAAAACUGUAUUUUAUACAGGGAAACACACAUAGUAGAUAAUGUAUGGGUUUUGCACAUACAAAAGAACAUGCUGGAACUGGACUUUGCUCUGGACAAGAAAGCAGAUAAUACGGGGUCUUUGUAAUGCACUUAUUCAUCAAAACAUGGACUCUGGGGCUGAAGAGGUAGUUUGCUGGAAAUGUAUUUGUCACACAAGUGUGAAGCCCUGAGUUCAAAUCUCUGCAACCUACAUGAAGCUGGGAAAGGGGCACAUUUGUGACCUCAGUGCUUCUACAGGUGGCUGAGAGGUAUCGUUAGAAGCUUGCAAGCCAGCUAAAUUGACGAGUAUAGUGACAAAUGACAAAGAAAUCCUAUUUCACAGAAGGUGGAAGGCAGGGAUUGAUACCAAAGAUUGUCCUCUGACCUUUGUACGCACACAUAUGGAUGUGCACAUGCACACACACACACAAUAUACACACACAUGAAUUCUUCUUUAUUAAGGCCUUAAGUGUGGCAAAUGUCCAAUUAGUCAGAGCCCUAAACACAAACCUGCAUUUAUCAUUAUUAUUAUUAUUUUGGUCUUUGAUGAAGGCUCUGUAUAAUUGAGUGCAUCAGCCAUUAGAUUCAUAGCAAUUGUUUGUAAAAUACUAAUUUGGGCUCUGGCUGAUAGUUACAUGGGAUGCAGGCAAGGGAAUAAGAUGGGCACAAGCAUGGUUUGAUGGCCUUAAAUCCUGAAAUAUGCUCCUUGGAUAAGUAGGCUAAACUUGAUGGCAUUUAUUAAGGUCUAGCCUUAUUUUCAUUACCUUAGAAUGGUACCACGUGGUCAGAAUGGCUUGGCCCCUGACUUGGCAUCAUUAUAAAAUGCAGUGUUGUUCUUGCUCCACUAGCCUCUAGAAUUCUUGUGGCUCUGCUUACUUGAUAGUUCUUUGUGUCCCCCAGAAUCUACUCCUGCUUGCUGAGACACCCGUUUCUCUAGCUCAGGAUGUGGUUGUCUCCAUGACAGAAACCACCAGAAGAGGAUUGGCCAGGUCCCUCGAGCUGGCGGCAGGCUCCAGCCAGGGCAAUUUCUAACAGUUGCAGAACGUGCCAAUGUGCUGGGCCAGCCAAGUUGUGGGCUGGGGUUGGCUUGUGCAUGGUGGAAAGCCUGUGUAUGAUUUGCCACCCAGGAAAAGGUCUCCAACUGACUGGAUGCUGCUGUUCCGUCCUUGAAUUAUCUUGGGACUGGGAGAAAGAAAAGUUUUCCUUUAUUUCCUAUACUCCUGCUUCUUUUUCAAGAUCUUUUCCUCAAAUCCUUUGCAGGUAUCUUUUUACUCUUCAAAUAAAGAAGGAUUUGGCUCUGGGAAGGCUUCCAUGCAGUGACAACUGCACAGCUUUAAUGGUGUCGCACAUCUUACAGUAAUUAGGAGACUUCCAUGAAGAAACAGUUAGGAAACAUCUGGUGCAAACACAGUACUUACCAAGCCAAGCCAGUUUAGAGAGCAAGAUCAUGCAAUUUCAUCAGCAGCACAUAGGCCGGAGCCCAGCUGAAUCAGACAUUCUGCUACUGGACAUAGCAAGGAAGCUGGAUAUGUAUGGCAUCAGACCGCAGCCCGCCAGUGAUGGUGAAGGGAUGCAGAUUCACCUGGCUGUUGCUCACAUGGGAGUAUUGGUGUUACGGGGAAACACAAAGAUUAACACCUUCAACUGGGCUAAGAUUCGCAAGCUGAGUUUUAAGAGAAAGCAUUUUCUCAUCAAACUUCAUGCUAAUAUUUUGGUGUUGUGCAAAGACACUUUGGAGUUCACCAUGGCCAGCCGAGAUGCAUGCAAGGCUUUCUGGAAGACUUGCGUAGAGUACCAUGCUUUCUUCAGGCUCUCCGAAGAGCCCAAAUCAAAGCCCAAAACACUACUCUGUAGCAAAGGUUCCAGUUUCCGCUACAGUGGAAGAACUCAAAGGCAACUUUUGGAAUACGGGAAAAAGGGGAGAUUAAAGAGCCUGCCGUUUGAAAGGAAACAGUACCCAUCUCAGUAUCAUGAACGGCAGUGCAGAUCAUCACCAGACAUUCUCUCUGAUGUGUCAAAACAAGUGGAAGAUCUGAGACUGACAUAUGGCAGCAGCUACUACCGAAAUGUCAAUGGGGUGCAUGCAUCUGAGUCUAUGCUAGACAGUAGGAGGAGGAACUCUGCAGUUGAAGUGACCUUUGCAGCCGAGCUGGAGCAUUCUAAACCGGAGGCAGAGGCCACAUCGCUCCACCCAUCCCAAAGCAGUUCCUCCUUCACCUUCAUUUAUGCAGAUCCUGUCUUUAACACUGACCCUGAGCCCAUAGAGUUCUUUGAGGAGCGGAGUCCUCUAAGCUCCUUCCAAACAACCUCCAAGUUUGCGGAUAGUCACACAAGCAAAGCGAGUCCAGCAAGGCAGCUAACAUACACCGAUGUACCCUAUAUUCCUUGUACUAGUCAGAAGGUUGAUAUUAUGCCUCCCCAAGUCUUUUUUUAUGUGGACAAGCCACCCCAGGUACCCAGACGGUCUCUGAUCAUGGCAGAGGAAAAUAUGAGACCAGACAGCUAUGUAGAUCAUAGUGCAAUAAAACCAGCUAAAAGGAGCCCAAGGAAUAUGAGGAUAAAAAGCUUACAGCAAGACCUUCAAGAACUCCAAGAAGCUAUGGCUAGAACUAGUGGUAGAAGCAAUAUCAAUGUAGAGCCAGAGGAGGAAGAUCCACAUUUAGAUGAUGCAUUUGCAUAUAACCUUCAAGAGCAAACUCCUAAACGAUCUCAAAGCCAAUCAGACAUGAAAACUAUCCGUUUUCCUUUUGGGUCAGAAUUUAGACCUUUAGGACCAUGUCCUGCUCUGACUCGUAAAACCGAUCUGUUUGCAUGUACGUUUGCAGAGCAGGAGUUCCCAACAGUCCUAAUAGAUCAGAGCUCAGCAGAAAGGUAUGUAGCUAGUGAGUCCAGUGAUUCAGAAUCAGAAAUUAUUAAACCAGACUACUAUUUUUUGUAUGGCAAAGGAACAAAGUCACCCAGGGCCCGAAUCCGCUUGUCGUCUGGUAGUCUGCAGCUAGAAGAAGAGGAUGAAACUAUUUCUUUUGCGACGCCAGGCGCUGAAGAUAGGACUUUGCUAAAGCCAUGCAAUUAUUUCUUAGCUUAAAAGAGUGACUCUGUGAAUGUUCCUGGCCCAGUUCUCAGUUACCACCUUAGGUAAGACAUAAGAAGCCCUUUUGAUCCAUCUUUUCCUUAGUCAUCUUAAUUGAUGGUAAGAUGGUGUGAAAGAUCAAGCUGCAGCCUCUUUCCAUGAGCUUCUUUCUUUUAUUUCCUCCAAAAAGACUCGGAACCAUGCCUUCUUCUCCCCAGCACUAUGGCAGUGCAACAUCAGUGGAUGACAUACCACUAUACAUUUCCUUGGGCAGCCAUUAUUAGUGAAGAUCCAUUCUUCAAUGGCGAAGAACAAUGAAGUGGGUUGGUACAUGGGACUGGCUUCUAAAACCACCUUGUGAUUUAGUAGUCCAUGACUAUGUUGGUUAUUUUUGUGAUUAGGUAACUUGUUUGGGACCCAGUGAACAGUCUUGUUAUAUACUAAGAAUGUCAAUUUUUUUAAACAUAUACAUAGGUGAGUAGCAUAAAUCCUCUCAGCACAUGGUAAGAAUCAAUAGAGGAUUUAACAGAUUUCUCAAUGCAGGAAAUUCAUGGAUUAGGCCCAUUUCUCAAGUGAACUGUGUGCCUGAUGAGGAUAUUAAGGUGUUUGACUUCUGAUUUCUCCUAAUUACUUAUUAUAUAAGGUGUGAUCAAUGUUAACAGGCAAGUUUGUUUAUUAAUUUCUCCUGCCAGAAUUUAUUUUUUUGCCGUAAGUUUGUUGCAUGCAUGUAGGCAAGGAUAUGAGGUGUGAUUUUAAUAAAGAGUAGUGGAAAAUCCACUCAAACAGAAGUUAUGAAUAUGGCCUUCUUUUUACUUUAACAAAAUCCAGAAGUAGUUGGUCCUGGCCUAUAUCUAACAAGACAGAGAAUGGACAAAGGACAGAGUCAAGGGAAAAAAGUAUGGUCAGGGGUAGAGAAGUAGCAAUAGGCGUGACUGCUAUGAAAAGUGGCAGCAGUCACAUCAGACUCAGACAGAGAAACAACAUUUUCUUGUGUGGUUGUUGUUUUGGAUUUUUACCAGGAGCCAAGGCUGGGCUCCAACUCAUGAUCCUCUUGCCUCAGCCUCCUGUGUGCUGGGGGUUCCAGUGAUGGACUACAGUGUUAAAAAUCAAUUUGAGUCCUCUAAAAAAACGUUAAGUGCAUGCAUAUUUAACUGAAUGCAUGAAUAGACACCAUGUGCAUGCUUGCUGCCCAUAGAAGCCAGAAGAUGGGGUGGGAUCCCCUGGAACCGGAGUUAGCAGACAGUUGUGAACUGCCAUGGUGGCAUCGGGAACCCAACCUAGAUCUUCUGUUGACGUGGCCAGUGGUCUUAAGCACUGAACAAUCUCUUAGCCCUCAAAAUUCCAUUCUUGACCCAUUAAAUAUUUGCCUUUCAGUCCUCUUGGGAGGCUACUGAAGAACCUUGUUGAUAAUCUUAAAUCAACAUAUUUUGAAGACCACGUUAAGUGUAAAUGUCAAAGAAGUGAAUUGAUUACAUAGACAAGCAAUUUUAUGUGUGAUUUGAUAAGAAAAGGUAGACUAUACAAUUCUUUUGUCUCUACAUCAGUAAUAAAAACUUUAAUAUACCUUAUUCCACUCCCUUUUUCUCUUCCCGGACACAAAUUCACUAAGACACGAGUGUAGAGUAGUUAUUUCAAACUGAGAAUACACUGAAACUUGACCACUUACACAAAAUUUCUGUAGGUUUUUACUUUCUUAAAAAAAAAAGUACCUGUAAUCUUUUCCCCAGGAGAAACUCAAAAUCUUGCGAGUUAGAUGCUAUUUCUCAUCUUAUUUUCAUUUGAAAACUUUUGCUAAAUGUAUAUUUUCCUUAAGAACUAUAAAGUUUAAAUCUGUAUAUGAUCUUUUAUUAAAAUAGUAAUUAAGGGGAUCGUUAAAUUAGCCAUCUGAAGACACUUUUAAAAGUACUAUUAAGAGUUUUAUGGUAGGAGGAAGAAAUCAGGAUAUAUAUCUUCAGCUAUAUAAAUACAGUCAAUUCUUAGUAACUUUUAGUUUCAAUGGAAGCCUUGGUUAUGUUCCAAUAAUAAAAAAGAACUAUUAUAAAUUAAUUAGAAUAACAUAUCAGACCCACCCUCAAGAAAACAAACAUCGAGGAUCAUAAAAUUUAAAUAUUUAUUUUUAAAAUCCCCCAAACAGUGACAUAUGCUUCACAUAGAAACAGGUCUACAGAACUAACGCUAUAAUGAGUAAGCAAUACCAGCUGUAUUUGGGAUGCAGGCGUGUGGUACAGUUUUCCAUAAUCAAUUUAUGAACUUGUUUUUACUUUCACAAAAAUAUGAAUGUCACCCAUUAUUCAAGUCACACAAUUAUUUUUAGAGCACUAUGGAGAACAAACUGCGAUUGAGUGUCAUUUACAGCAUGGACAAAAAAACUAAAAAUCUAACCAAGUCAUCAAUUCAAGGUACAGUCAACUCAAAGCAACAGGUACAGGAUAGGCACCAAUGAAAAGAAUUUUCUUGGCAUACAAUGUUCUGCCUUUCAAAUGUUUGUAUUUCUUUUUUAAAAGAAGGGAUGUAAUUGACAUUUCAAUUAAAAACUGCAUUGGCUACUUGUACAAUGUCUUUCCUUUUCACAUUUGGCAGUUACACAGAUAUUUUAAAAUGUUUCGUGCUAAGCUCAAAUGUGAAGAUGCAAACAUUAAAAUCAUAACUGUCAAAAUUAAUCAGUACCAACAAUUCUACAUUAGACCUAGUUUAGCACUUAGGCAAACAUAGUAUAUAUAUAUAUAUAUAUAUAUAUAUGGCUAAAAAAGGCUAUAACUCACUUAACAGUACCAUAAAUAGAACUGAAAAUUAACUGCACAGUCUAUCUUACUUUUAUAUGACAAGAAAUGAUCCUGCUCUAUGGUAUCUUCCUAUGAGUUGGACAAUGUUCAUUUAAAUACCCCUUCAGAAUUGAACACACUAUACUUAUGAGUGGAUAAUUAUAAACAAAAAUGUAUAAAUAGUUUCUACAAAAAUGCAUUGCCACGACAAAAUAAAUGCUGGUUUAAAGUUACGCUCAUACCUAUUGAUCAGGUAUUUAAUCACAAGACAAAAAGGUUGUUAAAAGUUUUCUAAAUCCAAGCAUGUAAUAUGUGAUUUGAGCUGAAGAUUUAAAGACUGAAGCCAGACCAACUCCACCAUUCUCGGCUAAAUGAGAUUACUUUAAAUGUUAAAUAAGGGUUAAUUGCUUCUUCCAUCUGAAAGAGAAGAUAAAUACACCAAGAGGUACUUCUGCUGUUACAUGUUGCAUGGAAGUGCUUCAAACACAAGGUUCUCCAAGGUGCUAGACAUGGGGCUGCCUGAAUUCAGAACAACUUGCUAGGAAAGUCAAUACUUUCUAGGUCUAGGUGGUUUUCUUUUUUUUCAAGAGCUUCUUAAAAACACUUGUUUUAAGAAGGUAUUACUUACUUCCACCUCAUUACAAAUAGUCAUUUUUAGAAUAUACUUGUGUGGGGGAAAAAGAAUGCUUUUUGAAGCUUGAUGAUUUACAAACAUUUAAUAGUUAGGAUGACUUUGAAAGACCUGUAUGUUUAUGAGUAUACAGUUAACUAAAGAUUCCAAACCAAACAGUAUUCAUUCCAUGAACAUAAGAAAUAAUGGUACCUAAAAUUAAAAAACAAAAAACAAAAAACCUGUAUCUCAGCAUUUACUACAAUACCGGCAAAACUAUAGUAUUAAAAUUAUUCCUUACAAAAUAAUCUCUUUAAAAUACAAAAUGAUAAUCACCAUCACAAAAUAGUUUAAUAGCUUCCUCUAAAUCUUCAAUGUGGCAAAGAUCCAAAAGGCACAUGGAGCUCAUGAGUUAAGCAUUUAUAAGGUUGACAUAGCUUUGGUGGGUUUCUCCUGGUCCACAUGAAACAGAAGCCAAAAGUAAUGACAACAGAUUUCUUAAGGGGAUUCAUCCGCAGAACACCUACAAAAUUAAGACAAUAUAAUUCAAUGUAUAAUUAUAAAAGUCAUCUAUAUUUCUUACUCAUGAACUGUACAAUGUAUGAAGAAGCCACAUUAUUUCCAUUAAAUCUUACAUAGAUGGAUGUGUUAAACAA